AUCUUUUAUAUACAGGCUAUGGCUAAAGGUAACAAAACGGCAGCUAUAGCUCAAAUAGAAAACCGGUAUGAGUCACAGACCACUGGGAGGCUGUAACUGGAAUUGAGGGUUAAACAGCACCCAGUUUAAAACCAGUCAGAGGCAGAUGGCCUCGUGGCUGUACUUGUUGAUCUCUGAAGGAAUGAAUUCAGAUCAGUGCUGCGAGGCUUAUUACAUAAUCAACAGUUGGCACUUCAGAGCGCUCGUCUCUAGCAGCAUGCAGGUUAUUCCACGAACAGAAACGCACCUCUUCGUCGUCUCCCUCCCACCCUCCCUCUCUCGCUCUCCUUCCUCCCCCUCCUCAUCCUCAUCAUCCUCCAUGCUCUGUGUAGUGACAGGAUUUGUGUCGGUGCAGAUCGGCUGUGUUUGCGGCUGACUUGAGGAGUUCCCGGCUUAAGCUCCUGCACACACACGCACACACAGAUAUUUUCUGAUCCUCAGAGGUUCCCCGCAAUCUGCCAGAUUUUAAACCAGCCUGCGGUUCUCCGGAUGAGACGGGACCACCUUUUGGGCUCCUGCGUCCUCCUGUGAGAGACGUCGGGAGCCUCGGCAUCAGCCCCACCGUCCUCUUAUGUAUCCACACGAACCCCGAAUGAGCGCAGUUUCUCCUCAUAAAUGACCGAGCGCCGACCUUCCACCUGCUGCGGAGAAAUCUCCGACAUUUAACCAGAAACCGCAAGACACGGAGACUACCUGUUAGCUUCUCCCACCCCCUCCACCUUCUCCUGCUCCUCCGGGCUCCGCUCUGCGCUUUUCCGUGCCCUCGGUGAGAGAGCAGAGGCUGGGAUUUAGGCUGCACACCUACUGACCUACUUCGCGCAAGUUGGGAGUCCGACCAGUGCGGUCUGGCAAAACUGUGCCCUCCACCAGCAGCACCACCACUAGCAGCAGCAGAAGAUGACGGGUGAUGUGGAAACAGUGGUGACCCCGUGGCGAGACCUUCAGUAAAAAAGCAGCAGGGGGAGGUGGGGUAAAGGAGGUGAGAAGGUGAGGAAGAGAAGAAGGCGUGCAGAAGGAGCCAGAGGUGGUGGUGGUGGUGUGUGCGUAUUUGUGCGUGGAGACACAGGAGGAGGUUAUGACCGUGUCUCUUCACCUGGAUCUCGGGCUGAUGCUGCUGCUCCUGCUGGCCUGCUGGCAGACCCCGGGGAUGGUCGGAGGAACUGUGCCAGCAGCCCCGGUGAAUGUAUCGGUGACCCAGCUGAGGGCUCACUCGGCCAUGGUGACCUGGAACGUCCCUCAGGGAGACACCGUCAUUGGAUACGCCAUCUCACAGCAGAGGCAGGACGGCCUGAUGCAGCGCUCCAUACGAGAGGUGAACACGUCCAGCCGCUGGUGUGUGCUGUGGGACCUGGACGAAGACACACACUACAGUGUCCAGGUGCAGUCCGUUGGGCCGCACGGUGACAGCCCACCCAGCCGUGCCGUCCACUUCAGGACUCUGGAGAGGACCGACCAUUAUCCAGCCGGAGUCCUGGACCACCAUGAGCCAGCGAUGGAGGGUCUGGGUAUGACUCCACAACUGGAGACUGGAGAGCUGCUGAUCAUCACCACUGUGCUGUUGCUGUGGGCAGCCGUCAUCGCCCUUUUCUGCCGGCAGUACGACAUCAUCAAAGACAACGACUCCAACGGCACCAAGGAGAAAGCCAAGCGGCCGCUGGUCCGAGCCACUUCCUCCUACUACAAUGCCUCAGCUGGCAGCUCGCCCAUCUACCACAACGGAGCCGUCCGCAGCAGCAGGCUGCACAGGGCCUCCUCCUCCAUCAGCAUCAUCAGGGUCUGAGACGCGGGUGCCGGAUCGGAGCCUCUUGGACAAGCGAGGAAGAUUUACAAACUCAGAGUCUAAUCUAUUGUAAAAUAUGGGCCGAGUAAGGAACCACUCCAUGCAAAUCAGACUGAAAUGAGAGCGAGGAGCCAUGCUGCAGAGACCGUGGACGGCUGCUGCUCUCUAGUGGCCAGAGACUCGGGGGGGGCUCAGAAACAGCUGGAAGGAAGCUGGACUCAUCUGAAGUGCGGCCAAACUAAUCUCUCGUUUUCUUCUCUCUGAUGUCAAAGACUGAAGUGUGAAUAUUCGCCAGCAUGUCGGCCCGACCGUGUGCCAAGUCCCACUCGCCUCAGACUCAUUCAUUUUCAGCAGACGUUCUUUCAUCUCGCUGAGGUGUUCAGCUCAUCCCUUUUCCUUUUUACCCGCUGUAGAACCACACGUUUGAAAUCCUGUCUGAUGGUUAUUUAAUGGGAUUUAUUCACUUUACUUUCAUGUUCGAUAGUUUAACAUGUGCAGCACUAGCAUCACGAUUCAAAUCUGUACAUAGGCUGAAGGUGUUUGUAAAGGUAAUUCACAGAACCAUUUGAAUGUAGGAGAUGGUAGUGGGGAAUUUACAUUGUAAAACAAUUCAUAAUUAGUUUAAUUAAAUUAUGUCUUAAUUUCACAUUGAAAUUGUGUGAUCACCUUUUAAAUUAAGUUUAAGCUUUUUGUUUUUUCAGAGUUUCUAAAAGCAGAAAUGAUGUGAACAACCCCCAAGAUAUAUCACCUGAAGUUUCCAGCAGCUUCUCUUGUUGUUUCGGAUUUUGUUAAAAGGUUUUAUUUGUAUCUGAGCCACUUAAAAGUACAGAGCUAAACCUUGUCUGUCCCUCAAAAACACCUAUUUUUACAGCUUAACUCACACUCACUGGCCACUUCAUUAUGCAUGUCUGAUAAACUGCUCAUUAAGCAUUAAAAUUUCUAAUUAACCAAUCAAAUGGAAGCAACUCAGGGCAUGUAGACAUGGUCAAAAUGACCUACUGAACAUAAGCUCACCAAAGCUGGACAAUAGAAGAUUUGAAAAAUGUUGCCUGGUCUGAUGAUUCUCAAUUUCUGCUACAACGUUCAGAUGGUUGAGUCAAAAUUUGGUGUAACAGCAUGAAAACAUGGAUCCAUUCUGUCUUGUAUUAACCGUUCAGGCUGCUGGUGGUGUCAUGAUGUGGGGGAUAUUUUCUUGGUACACUUUGGGCCCCUUAGUACCAACUGAGCAACACCACAGCUUAGAGCAUUGUUACUGACCAUGUCCAUCCCUUUAUGACCACAGUGUACCAUCUUCUGAUAACAUGCCAUGUCACAAAGCUCAGAUCAUCUCAAACUAGUUUCUUGAACAUGACAAUGAGUUCUCUGUACUCAAAUGGCCUCCACAGUCACCAGAUCUCUAUCCCAUUGAGCACAUUUGGGAUGUGGUUGAAUAGGAAAUUCUAAUCAUGAAAGGCCAAACCAGUGUACCUAAUAAAGUGUCUGGUAAAUCACACAAUUAAUAACAUGAACUCUAGGUAGAAAACCAUUUGCAGUUGUGUUUGCCAACAGAAAACAAAAUGUGAAGCAAUUAGAGGUACUCUCCGAACACCAGACAUCCCUGGGCGUUGUCCUCUGGGCACUUUUAGAAAGACGUUUCUUUAUGUCUAAAUUUGUUUAAAAAAUGUAAGUUUAGUAAACAACUACAACACACCCAGCUGUUGUAGCUGUUUGUUCUCCUGCUGCAGAAUUGUUCAGUUUUUAGUGAAACUCGCACACAGAAAUGACCUGAUCCUUGUUCCCAGUGGAUCUGAAUUCUUAUUGGUUUGUGCAAUACAGCCAGCCAAUGACAAGUAAUCUCAUAAGAGUAACCCAUGUUUUGGGAUGGAUGACGUAUUCUCAGUAUACUGGUUGCAGUAUAUUGAGUUUAAAGCCUAUAAUAUAUCUGGAUAGAUGACAUCUCAUUGCCAUUAUGCACAAUAUGGACACUUAGUGAAUUUUCUCGUGCCAAAAGCCAAAUUUUCUGUCUUUGGAAAGAUCCUCUGAAAAAGCUUUUAGGCCAGGGUACAUAAUCAAACUGCAUCAAAUGCUAUUAUCUGCAAGGCCAUUAUUUUCUGUCAUGGGUUCAUCAAGCAGGAAAUUAACAUGAAAUGUUGUCAGUGUGAGCCUACUGGUGCAUUAGGAUGAUUAGCAGAUCACCAGCUAAUCAAUAGGCACCGUGUGCAGGAGUGCAGAUGUUAACAUCAGUCAGUUUUUGCAUCAGUGCACACAAACACGUGAGACUUUUGCUGCUCAAACAGAAAAAUCCUUUUGAUGGAGCUAAGACUGAGUUUGAAGCUUUUAUCUGCCAUGUUUUAUAAAUGGACUUAAACAAAUGUCAAUUUUGAGAACUGCUGUAUGCAGAUUGGACACAAGGUGGCGCCUGAACUCCAUCACAUACAGUUUUUUGUUCUGCAAGCUGCAGCGGUACUGGUGCGUCUGCAUCUCUGUCCGUGCAAAUAGAGCAUCUAAGACAAGAUCAUAGAUUUAAAACGAGCUUCUUCUUUUUUUUUCUUUGUUUGUUUUAAUGCUAUUAAUGUACUGGAUUGCUCUGAUGCUUAAAAAAAACUUAAAAACAUGGAGAAUCUGAGAAAGGUUUUUUCUCUAGGAUUUCAGUGACUUCAGUGACUAUGAAUCUAAAAACAUCUAUUUUUCAAAGCAAGAAAGAAUGUAGCUUAAUACUAUCCUCUUUUCAGAGGAUUAUUCAUCCCAUUCUUCACACGUUAGCAGAUGAACAACACCAUCAGAACCUGGCCUGCAGUUAACAAGAGGCAAGGUCUGCAUAUCAUUCAAAAGAAAGCAUAUUUCUGCUUCAUUUGAAUAAAGGGAAAUGUCACUAAUUCACACCACACCGAGCGUGAUUUGCAGCUGUAAGGCUUUCCGGGUCAGAGGUCACAGGAAGGAAGGCCCUCCACCUCAGGCACGUGUUGACCUUCUGAGUUAAAAGUGAAAUAUGUUCCUGCAAUGUUUUGUCCCCUCCUCCUAAAAACAAAAAGACAGAGGAGUGAAGGAAUCCUCAGCGACUGCGGAGGUAAAGGGCAGGUCGCCCUCACCGACAGUCUGAAAUAUCACGGCUUGCCCGGGGCUCGUCAUCCUCUUUGAUGCUCUGAGGGAGUCUGCGACAAGUCUGUGGUAAUGCUGAGGCAGAGAAGCGAGGGAACAGGAUCGAUCAAGCGCUGCUGACUGAAUCAUUGACUGUGGAUAAAUCCUCUUCUUUAAUGUUGUACUGACUCUCCCAUCACAUUUCCUCUUUAAAAGGGAAAAAAAACAUCCACUUUCCUGCAGGUGCCAGGGAUUCAUUCUCAGUUAAUGAGAUUUUAAUCUGACAUACAUAACAGCACCCUCCACACUGACAUUUAAAGAAGUCAUUAAGGUUUGCCUUUAAAAGGUGUUCGAAUGUUCUCUACAGUACGCUCGACCCACACACAUCCCGGCCAGAUAUGUAUUUUUUAAAUUAUUUUAUUCCAUCCAAUUAAAAUUCGGUAAGGGACCCUCACAUGUUUCUCAAGCUGAAGUGAAAUUAAAGAUCAAAUUAACAAUCUGUCAUGCCACCAGUCAGAUGAUCAUAUAAAUAGGCUAAAAUAUUCCCAAACCAGCACACGCUGGAUUUUAAGGCGUUAGUGGACUGUGCUUGCCACACAGGAUACACUUUGUAGAGACUGCACAGUAUCCAUUGUACACGCUUAUACACUUAAUUGUAAUGUGCAAUUUUACACUUUAUUUCUUCCAAUUAAAGAGUUGUGCU